UCUGGAGCAGAGAGCCGCAACCACUCAAAUCGAACAGACGAUCCCUGGCACUUCCGUGAGAGUGACCUCCUUGAGGCCCGGCCGUCACGGGCUGGACACAUCCAAUAUACUGAGGUCAAGUCUUCCUUAAAGCCACGUUCACAAAUAAAUUUGGAUUUUCAUUUCGCAAUACCAAAAUUUUUGUUGCACGUACGGUUCACCAUAUCACUUUCACCGAUGGUGACUCCCUUGUUUCUCCUAUGACCGCGCCGUUGCACCCCUCCGUGAUUAUUGCCUCUUCCGGCCACUACAUGCAUGUUCUGGUGGUGGUGGUGGUGGGUUUUUUUUGUUUUGUGGCUAAUGAUGCAGCAGCACUGCUGAAACAACCUCUCCCAAAUUUUGAGCUCGCAUUUUGUAUGUCUGAUCCGUGCUACUAUCGAUCUCUCCGAAGUUCAGGUUGUAGCAGCUUGUGUGUUUUGCAUCCGCACGUUCUGAACUUUCCUCAGCUCCACUGAACACAAACACGCACCCACUCACAAAAACUGGCUCAGGAAGCUGCUGUGCUGCCACCACAGCUGAAACCCACUUCCAUGAGAGCGACCUCCAUGGCCUCACGAGUCACGAUCGAGCUAUAUGCAGUUCCAACAAUGGAGUCAAGUAUUUGUUGCAUGCUUCAUCAAGUCACUCUCACUCCUCAAGAUCACUCUCCAAGCUCUCUCUCCCCAUGAGCUGCUCCAUUGCAGCUCUCCUGGUCCUGGUUUCCCUCUUCCUUCCACUCCAUCAAAGCACAUCAUCGUGCUAUGCUGCCGGCGCCGACGAUGGCGCAGCAGCACACAGCCUCUCCUCCUGCCUCCUCUCCCACGGCGUCAACAACUUCACCCUCCGGACGUCUCCAAGCUACGCCGCGAUCCUCAACUCCUCCAUCAGCAACCUCCGCUUCGCGCUCCCGGACGUCGGCAAGCCGGCCGCCGUGGUGCUCCCGGCCUCCAAGCGGGACCUCCAGCGCGCCGUCGUCUGCGCGCGGGAAAGCUCGCUGGCGAUCCGCGUGCGCAGCGGCGGGCACAGCUACGAGGGCCUCUCCUACACGACGGAGAACCACGUCCCCUUCGUGGUGAUCGACGUCGCCAACCUGAACCGGGUCCGCGUCGACCGGGGCUCGGCCACGGCCUGGGCCGAGUCCGGCGCGACGCUAGGCGAGCUCUACUACGCCGUGGGACGGUCCAGCCGGUCGCUGGCGUUCUCGGCCGGGUCCUGCUCGACCAUCGGCCUGGGCGGCAUCGUCUCCGGCGGCGGCUUCGGGCUGCUGUCCCGGAAGUUCGGGCUCGCCGCCGACAACGUGCUGGACGCGGUGCUCGUCGACGCCGACGGCAGGGUGCUCGACCGGACCACCAUGGGCGCCGACGUGUUCUGGGCCAUCCGAGGCGGCGGCGGCGGGAGCUGGGGCGUGGUGUACGCCUGGAAGCUCCGGCUUGUCCCCGUCCCGCGCAACGUCACCGUGUUCUCUGUCGGCCGGACCGGUCCGGUCGACCUCGUCGCCGGGCUGAUCCACAGGUGGCAGUUCGUGGCGCCCAGUCUCCCCGACGACUUCUACCUCUCCGUGUACCUCCCGACCGGCGGCCUCCGGUCGUCGUCGUCGUCGUCGGAUGGCAACGUGUCCGUCUCGUUCUCCGGGCAGGUUCUUGGACCAAAGCACCGUGCCCUGUCGGCGCUGCGUCAGAGCUUCCCAGAGCUCGGCCUGACCGAGUCAGAGCUCGCCGAAACGAGCUGGCUGGAGGCGACCGCGCAGUUCGCCGGCCUCGACACGGCGGCCGACCUUCCGAACCGCCUGCUGGGGCGGUCGAAGCAGUACUCCAAGGGCAAGUCCGACUACGUGCGGUCGCCGAUCUCGCGGCGCGCCAUGGCGGGCAUCGUCCGGUACCUCUCCACGGGGCCACCGCGGCAGGGCCAGGGGCAGGGGCAGGGCGGCGGGUACGUGAUCCUGGACCCCUACGGCGGCGCCAUGGCCCGGAUCGGGAGCGGCGACACGCCGUGCCCGCACCGCGCCGGGACCCUGUACGGCGUGCAGUACCAGGUGUACUGGGACGAGGACGACGGCGACCUCGGUGGCCGCGCCGCCGCCGCCGGCGAGUUCUGCGUGGGGUGGCUCCGGUCGCUCUACGCGUUCAUGGCGCCCCACGUGUCCAAGGACCCCCGCGCCGCGUACGUCAACUACCUGGACCUUGACCUCGGCGCCGACAACUGGACAGCACCGGCGGGAGGGUCGUCGGAGGCGGCGGUGGCGCGCGCGCGCUCGUCGUGGGGCGCCGCCUACUUCGGGGACAAUUUUGACCGGCUCGUCAGGGCAAAGACGUUGGCGGACCCCGGCAAUGUGUUCAACAAUGCACAAAGCAUUCCUCCUUUGUAGGCUGUACAAAAUUUCUCACGCAGGGGUGAACUUGUAAGCCACAAAUAAAGUGCAAAAUUUCUGCCUGA